AUGAUGGGAAAACAUCGAAAGAGAAAAAUCAACCCCCCAGUUAUACCCAUACACCCUAAUGAAGAGAAAAAAAAAAAUUUGAAUAAUUUUAUAACAUAUAAAGAUUUAAAAAUUAGAUGGAGAAAUACCUCAAAGAAUUAUAGAAAAAAAGUAACUAUUGCCAGAAAGUGGAAAAACCUUCAUUGUCUUCUACCUAUGAAUAAAAGUUCUUGUAUGUUUGUUUUACAUAAUAAUUUACCUUACACUCGUCUGACGAAAAAAAAUUAUAUACCACAAGAAAAAAAUGAAAUUAUUUUAAAAAAUUCAUAUGAUGAAACAAAAGAUGAAAGUGAUAAAUAUUGUGAAGAUAUCAACAAUAAUAAUAAUAAUAUUAAAUGUGUUUAUAAUAAUAAUAAUAUUAAUUAUGUUUAUAAUAAUAAUAUUAAUUAUGUUUAUAAUAAUAAUAUUAAUUAUGUUUAUAAUAAUAUCAACAAAUGUGAUUAUAACAAUGAGGCACAUAUAUGUAAUACAUCCCUAGGAAGAAGGAAAUUUUAUAAAUGGACAAAAAAAAAAGAAGAAAGAAAAAAUGUAAAUAAUAAUCCUUCUUGUAAUAUGAAUGAAGAAAAUUAUUAUGAAAAGCCACCAAAAAAUUUAGAAUAUUUACUUAAAAAAGAUAAGGAUCAUUUAUUUUGUAUUUUUAAAUCAAAUAUAACUAAUGAACAUAAAGUAACUAUUGGUGAUAUUAUACAAACAGAAAGAUUACAUAGAAAAAAAGCAGGAGAUGUUAUAUAUUUUGGAACUGUUUUAUUUGUUGGAUCACCAAAUUUCUCAAUCAUAGGAAAACCUACAAUAUCAUAUUGUAAAGUUAAAGCAGUAAUAGAACAAAUUACUCUAAGUAAAGAAAUUCUAAGCUUUCGUUAUAAAAAAGUUAGAAGAUCUAGUCGAUUUUUAAGAAUUAAACAUUGGAUUUCCAUUUUAAAAAUACAAGAUAUUAUUAUUGAAUUAAAUCAAAAUACUAUAAAUGAUGAACGUAAAAAACCUAUUCAAAUUCUAGACCUCUGGGCAAAUAGAUGGUUAUAUCAAAAGGAAUUAAACUUUAUGAAAUUUGAUGAUAAUAAAAAACCUUUAGCUGAUCGAAUUUUUAAUUUAAUUGAGCAUCAACCAAAUACAUUACACAGACGUGGAUUAACAGAAUGUUAUAGGUUCUAUCCAGAUCCACAUGUACCAGUCACCUAUUAA